CGCGUGCGCGUUGCGCAUGCGCGCGGUGGGGUGCGUCCGGUUCGCGGGUUGGCCGCCCCGGGAGCAGCGGGCACCGGCGGCGCGUGAGGGCCGCCGAGCGGCGGGGACGGUCUGUCCCUCGGCACCAACCGGCGGCGUUACGGCACCGUGUGGAGCGAGGAGCGGGACGGAGCGAGGCCUGAAGGCGGCCUGCCGGCACCGUGCGGCGGAGUGCCGGGCUCAGCCCCGUUAAAUGAAAAUCUUGGUGCAACUGAUUGGGAACAAUAUAUGCAGUCCUGCUGUUGGCUCUUGCUGGACUUUGUAUCUGGGUAAAGAAUGCAGACUAUAAAGUGCGUAGUUGUUGGAGAUGGCGCUGUGGGGAAAACUUGUCUUCUCAUCAGCUAUACCACCAAUGCCUUCCCAGAAGAGUACAUCCCUACCGUGUUCGACAACUAUAGUGCCCAAAUGACUGUUGAUGGCCGGACGGUUAGCCUGAAUCUCUGGGACACUGCAGGCCAGGAGGAAUAUGACCGUCUGCGCACACUCUCGUAUCCUCAAACCAAUGUAUUUGUCAUCUGCUUCUCCAUUGGCAGCCCGUCUUCCUAUGCAAAUGUGAGGCACAAGUGGCAUCCUGAAGUUUCUCACCACUGUCCCAAUGUUCCCAUUCUUUUAGUGGGCACGAAGAGAGACUUGAGAAACGACCUGGAAACAGUUAAAAAGUUAAAAGAGCAAAGCUUGGCUCCCACCACCCCACAACAGGGGACUUCGCUGGCUAAACAAAUUGGAGCAGUCAAAUAUUUGGAGUGCUCGGCGUUGAAUCAGGAGGGUGUUCGGGAGGUGUUUGCUGAAGCUGUGCGUGCAGUUCUUUAUCCUGUGACAAAGAAGAACACAAGGAAAUGUGUCUUAUUGUAGUUACCUCGGCCAAUGGAUGCUCAAAGUUGAAUAGUGACUAGAAUUUUGGAGGGCUUUUUAACGUGUUCAGUUGAAGAUUUGCGUCUUGCACUAACAGCUCUAAGCAGAAACGGUUUAUGCAAAGAAUAUUCUUGCAGUCUUAUUGCUUCAGGGAAACUGAAACAAAACAACUUCUUUUCCAGCGGAGAGGUCAAAUAUAUACUUAAUUUCUGAAGCUCCAGUCUCCAGCUUCUCCAGGGAUCACUUGGCUUCUGUUCUUAUUUAGAGGAGGGAAACAAAGGAAGGGACUUCUCUGAAGCCCAGUUUCUUGACUUUAUCACCACCAGUUGCUAGAUUUGCUGGAAAGCACAAGUUCUGAUAACUUUGCCUUAAGUCCAGGUGCUGUUUUUUCCCAUCUCUUAUUUACAGAUCAAACUGGUUUGACAAAUAGAAGUCUGGCUGUGCGUUUGUUGUAAUUUGCCAAUUCAGAGCUUGAAAACUAUUUGUUUACAUACAAAAAUGCCAGAAAUAUUACUGAGAUUUGCCUUAAAGUGAACUGUGAUCAUUUAUGUGAAGAGUUAACAGAGAUCAAAUCCAGUAAGCAAGACCUAGGGAACACCUGCAAGUGUUUUGUUAAUAGAAGCAGAUUCCUACUGUAAGGAACUUAGGAUAGUGAGGAAUCACUCAAGCGUGAGGUUUUAGCGCUGUUGAAAUGGAGAGGCGAAAGAGCAGAUUAGGUGCAAGCCUUUCGUAAUCUCCUCAACCAAGUUAAGGUUUUACUUCACUCUUCAAAGAGACUUUACACCCUGAGAAUCAACUUAGAAUGAUCUUCCUGGGCUGACUGAGAUAGCUGAGAUGGCUCUUAUUCUCAAAGUGAGUUAUUUCAGUGUGAUCCUGCUUUCCCUUUGAUGACUCGGGUAGAAGCCCAUUUGUGCUUGAAGAGUUAAUUGUUUCACUUUUAUCUUCUCGGAGUCUCCACCUGACAUUUCACAGCAAAUCACUGUGUUGGGUUUUGUUGUUUUUGUUUUCUGGGUGAUCAAUGACAGAAAACGUGGAGGUUCUGUUCAUGGGAAACAGGAACGUUUGUUUCCUUCUGACGGUUCCAGUUCAGUUUGCCAUGGUUAGUCAGUCACUGGAUAGAUUUACCUGGGCAAUUUUCUCCCCCCAGCAGGUAACCAGUUAGUAUGAACUGCUUAAAUGGAAGUUGUGCUUAUGUCCUUCUCUAACUGUCUCUAGCAGCUCUGAUGAGCGGCAGCUGGCUGUGAUUUGCAGGAUGUACACUGUUAGUUGUGUGUGAUUCUGGGACCAGCUGAGGAGUGAGUGCAUGAAACCUUCCUUAGUCUUAACCUUGGAGCUUGGUGGCAUGAAAGCAGCACGCUUCAAAGAUGCUUUGUAUGAAACCAAUGGUGCUGGACUGGGCUUUGUUGGCUGAGGUUGACAGUGCUGUCUUUGUCCAGAUGCAGCCUCCGUUGGUCAUUCAGAACUUGCAUCCUAGUGAUUCUCACACAUGUGAAACUGCGCUGUGUAUACCCAGGGCAGGAGAAAAAGAAAAUAAAAGCCUAAUUUUAGUGAGAGAACAGGAGAUAUAUCAACAAGGCUAUUAGGGAUCUUGAGUUAAUCUGACCUUGCUUUAUCUGAUACCAAAAAAAAAA